AUGCUCGUGGGCUUGGGAACCCACGAGGCAUUCAAGCCCUCUGCGAUUGAUUGUUCGACUGUUGAUGGUGUUGGUCGGAAAGGGGGAAUUGCUUUACUUUGGGGAAGGGAUGUUUCUUUAUCUAUUUUGAGUUAUUCCCACUAUCAUAUUGAUGCUGCUAUUGAGGAUGAUCCUGCGAAAGGGUUGAAUCUUUCAUUUGCCAGGAAACAUAUGGAAAAGGUUAAUGCUCUUGAUUCUUUGGGGGAUAAUAUAGAGCUUCUUCAAAAAGCCCGAGUGGAUGAUCAAAAAUGGUUGGAGAGGGAUGAAUUGUUGUGGAAGCAAAGAUCAAAGGUUGGAGAGCAGAGGGACAAGAUUAUUCUGGAUUACUUUGAGGAACUUUUUACCAGUUCAAAUCCGGUGGGGUCUACUGAUUUUCUUUGUUCUCUUGCUGGUAAAGUGACAUCAUCUAUGAAUAAAGGCCUUGCUCAACCAUACACUGAAGCGGAAGUUACUGCAUCUUUGGCACAAAUGCAUCCUAGCAAAGCCCCUGGUCCGGAUGGGAUGUCACCUAUGUUCUAUCAAAAAUAUUGGGACGUGGUUGGUAUUUCUGUCACUAAAGCAGUGUUGACUGCUUUGAAUUCAGGUUCAUUUCCCUCUACCCUUAAUCAUACAAAUAUCAUCCUUAUUCCUAAGAAGAAAUUCCCAGAAAAAGUUGAUGAUUACAGGCCUAUUAGUUUAUGUAACGUGGCUUAUAAGCUGAUUGCUAAAGUUGUUUCCAAUAGACUGAAAUUCGUGUUACCUUCUGUUAUUGAGGAAAGCCAAAGUGCUUUUGUCCCGGGAAGAUUAAUUACUGAUAAUGUGCUUAUUGCCUACGAGUUAGUACAUUAUUUAAACCACAAAACUAAGGGGAAGAAAGGAUAUAUGUCUAUAAAAUUGGAUAUGAGUAAGGCGUACGAUCGCGUUGAGUGGGGUUUCAUUAGGACUGUUAUGACAGUUAUGGGUUUCGACAGGACCUUUAUUGAGAUGAUUAUGUUCUGUGUUUCUUCAGUUUCCUUUUCUGUGUUGAUCAAUGGGGAGUCUAAAGGGUCUAUUAAACCAACUAGGGGUUUGAGACAAAGGGACCCUUUGUCCCCUUAUCUUUUUCUUCUAUGUACUGAGGGUUUGAUAGCUUUGUUGAAGGAAGCUGGAAUUAGGAAGAAAAUUUCUAGUAUUCAGAUUUGUAAAGGAGCUCCACAUAUCAACCAUUUGCUUUUUGCAGAUGAUAGUGUGGUGUUUUGUCGAGCAGAUGUGGAGGAGAAUCGGAGAUUACAAUCCUUGCUGGCAAUCUAUGAGAGUGUGUCUGGUCAGAAAAUUAACAAAGAAAAGACUGCGAUGGUCUUUAGUAACAAUGUGGACAGGGGUGUUCGGGAAGAGAUUGGCCUCUUAUGUGGAAAUGGGGAGAUUUUUCAGUAUGAGAAGUAUCUCAGAUUACCCCCUUUGGUGGGACGGUCCAAGAGUAGAGCCUUUCAAUCUAUAAAAGCGAGGGUUUGGCAGAAGCUUCAAAGCUGGAAAGAGAAAUUACUUUCUCAAGGGGAUAAGGAAGUUCUUUUGAAAGCGGUAGCACUUUCUAUUCCAACUUAUAGUAUGAGUUGUUUCCUUCUCCCUAUUAGUUUGUGUACUGAGUUGGAGGGGCUUAUGGCUAAAUUCUGGUGGGGUCAGAAAAAAGAGGAACGAAGAAUUCAUUGGCUGAGUUGGCGUCGCAUGUGUGAGAGGAAAUCAAAAGGGGAUUUGGGUUUUAAGGACCUUAGAAUUUUUAAUCCUGCUUUACUUGCUAAGCAAGGCUUGGGUCCUAACCCUUCUUAUACGUGGAGAAGCAUUUGGGAGGCUAAGAAGUGGUUGAGAGAGGGGUGUAGAUGGAGGAUCGGGAAUGGGGAAACAGCACUUUUGUGGACUGAGAAAUGGAUCCCAGGGCAUCGUGCUUUAGAGCAGGAGGGGUUUGCAGUUUUUGAGACAAACAGAAAUGAUGUAGUGGCUUGUUUGGUUGAUGAGUUAAUUGGAUGGUGGGACAUGGACAAAAUUAGAUCUCUCUUCAAUCCAAAUGUAAUUAUAGAUUUGUUAAAAAUUGUGCUUGGUCCAGGGACAGUGGCAGAUCGAUGGAUUUGGGAACAUGAGCGAAAUGGACAGUUCUCGAUAAAGACCUGUUAUCAUUUUAUUGUUGAUAAAAUGAGGGGUGUGCAAGCUGAGUCAUCUAAUAUGCAAGGUCAGCAGGGUCUAUGGAAGGCUUUAUGGAAAAUGGCAGUGCCGAAUAAAAUUAAAAUCUUUGCUUGGCGUGCUUGUAAAGAUGGACUCCCGACAAACGAGAAUCUCAUGAAGAAGCAGGUUGUUACUGAGGUACAUUGUGAUGUUUGUUUUCACCCUCUGGAAGAUCUUAAUCAUGCAGUGAUUAGUUGCAAGUGUAUUCAAGCGUUAUGGCACCAAUUGCUGCCCAGUUUAGGAUUUCAUGCAGAUAGAAAGGUGGUUGAUUUGGCUCUGCAUAUAUGUCAAAGGAAAGACAAAGAUAUGUUGGCUCUAUUUUUUUCAAUAGCUUGGGGGCUCUGGUACAGGAGGAACAAGAUGGCUUAUGAUAAGGUUGUGAUAAAUCCAAAACAGGUUGUUGGUUUUGUACUGAAUAUUCUGAAGAAUCAUAAAGAGAUUAGAGGGAUUUGCUCUAGUCAGCUGAAGCAACAUCUCAAAUGGAAGCCUCCUCCUUUGGAUGUUCUAAAGCUAAAUACUGAUGGGGCCAUGUUUACUGAUUUACGAAGAGCGGGGGUUGGUUUUCUUUUGCGAGAUGCAAAGGGAGAGUUGGUAGUGGCAGCUAGUAGGGCAGAGUUUGAUGUUGAAAAUCCUGAAGCUAUUGAGUUAUUGGCAGUGUUCAGGGGCAUUUAG